AUCCGUGGGUCACGUGAGAAUUCAUUCUCCGCACCGGCAGCCACCAUGUUAAACGCAUUCAAAGUUUGCUGCUCUUCAGCUCUAAGAGCAGCAAAGCCUAUCGUACAACUACAACAUCUUCUUCAGACCACAACCAGACUACUUCCUGCGCUUUCAACUCCACGAUGCAGUUAUGCUACAGAAGCGGCCGCGCAGCCAAAAGCUCCAGCCUCGAGCGUUCAAGGAAAAGUAAUGGCGGUCAUCGGAGCUGUCGUGGACGUGCAGUUUGAUGAUGCGCUACCGCCUAUUCUUAACGCUUUGGAAGUUAUUGGUAGAUCACCGAGAUUGAUUCUAGAAGUCUCUCACCAUUUAGGUGGAAAUGCGGUCCGUACGAUUGCCAUGGACGGUACAGAAGGCUUGGUGCGUGGACAGGUUUGUGUGGAUACUGGUAGCUCCAUCAGUAUACCAGUUGGACCAGAGACUCUAGGCCGAAUUAUGAAUGUCAUUGGGGAACCAAUUGAUGAAAGAGGCCCUAUUACUACCAAACACAAAGCAUCCAUUCAUGCUGAAGCACCAGAGUUUGCCGAAAUGAGCACAGAGCAAGAGAUCUUGGAAACAGGCAUCAAGGUUGUGGACCUACUCGCUCCUUACGUCAAGGGAGGCAAGAUUGGUUUGUUCGGUGGUGCUGGUGUCGGAAAAACUGUGCUGAUUAUGGAGCUGAUUAACAAUGUGGCAAAGGCGCACGGUGGCUACUCAGUGUUCGCCGGUGUCGGAGAGCGUACCCGUGAGGGCAACGAUCUCUACCAUGAGAUGAUCGAGUCUGGCGUAAUCAGCCUUAAGGACAAGACCAGCAAGGUGGCAUGGUAGUAGUACGGACAGAUGAACGAGCGCCAGGCCGCGUGCGUGUGGGGUGACUGGCU